UUGUUUACUGGCUGGUUUUGGAGGCAAGUUUCUGAUCCGAUAGGUUUAUUGCGGUUCGGAACUCUGUUUUAUGUUUUAAAAUCUUUACUUCGGUUCUGAAAAGUGUUCAGAACAUAUAAAGAGAUAAAUUAGCUUAACGUUAGCUCCGUGUAGCACCAGCGUUAGCGGUACAUUACGCAAAAUGAAUGAAGACCCGGUCCAAACAAACUGCAGCAAAACACUGCUUGUCCGCCACUUACCAGCUGAGCUCAGCGAGGAAGAGAAGGAAGACCUCCUGAAGUAUUUCGGAGCUGAGUCAGUCAGAGUCUUCUCAAACAGAGGCCGCUUGAAACAUGCAGCCUUUGCAACGUUUAGGAGUGAAAAGUCAGCGGCAAGGGCUCUCAGCAGACUCCAUCAGUUAGAGGUUCUUGAUCAGACACUCGUUGUGGAGUUUGCAAAAGGCCAAGAUCACAUAACAGUGCUGAAGGACCCGCCUGUGUCAGAAAGUGGUGAACAUGUCAAAGAAGAGCAGAAGAAGCAGGAGAGCAAACAGCCAAAUAUUCCCAUCAUAGAGACGGGCGUUGCACCGAGUCUCGGGUUGAAGUUUCAAUCAAAUCCCACUUUGAAAUAUUUAUAUCCACCACCCUCUAAUGGCAUUCUGACAAAUAUAAUGCACGCCCUCAUGAGCGUGCCAAAGUUUUAUGUUCAAGUACUUCAUCUGAUGAACAAGAUGAAUUUGCCGUGUCCUUUUGGCCCAGUCACAGCCAGACCACCCAUGUUUGAACUCCUGCCUCCUGCUCCACCCAUCCCCAUGCCUCCUCCCUUCCCUCCCGAUUAUCCCCCUUUACCAGAGGAGGAGAUGGAAAUGAGCAGCGAGGAAGAAUCCGAGUAUGAGAGUGGAGACGACGAAGACAAAGAGAGGAUUGUUCGUCUGAUGGGCCUGGUCAACCAAGCAUGCAAGCGACCCUUGAGACCAAAAACAGCUUCAAAACGAAAGAAGCCCAAGAUCAAGGAUCUACUCUAUGCUCCCAAGCCAGACUCUCAGAGUGCUCCUGCUCUGCAGCCCUCGGAUGUGUUUGAGCAGCCCCACGCCGCCGGUCCGAGGAAAAUUGAGUUCCGCAUUUCAGCUCCGGAUGUAGCAGCUGCUGUUGAAGGAAGUAGGCCAGCUCAGCCUGAAGACGACGAAGGCAAAGCAUUGUCCAUUCAAGUGGAUCAGAGCGAGAUCAAGCCCAGCAGCAAUCAGGAGGAAGCAGAGGCUAAAGGUUUUGGGAAGCUUUACUUCACGCAGGCAUCAAAGCAGCAGGAGGAGCGCGGCGACAACGAGCAGGAUCUCGUCUCAGAUGUCAUCUCGAGGAAGGAGCUGGAGAAAGGACGGCUGUCAAGAGAUGAGAUAAAAAGGAUGUCUGUGUUUAAAAAUUAUGAACCUGGCGAGCCGACCUGCAGACUAUACGUGAAGAACAUUGCAAAGCAAGUGGAAGAGAAGGAGCUGAAGUACAUCUAUGGGAGAUACAUUAACCUCUCGUCAGAAGAGGAGAGAAACAUGUUUGACAUUGUGUUAAUGAAGGAGGGGCGGAUGAAAGGGCAGGCCUUCGUCGGACUCCCCAGUGUGCAGAGUGCAGAGAAAGCCCUGCAGGAAACCAACGGCUACGUACUUUAUGACAAACCUCUGGUUGUUCAAUUUGCUCGAUCUGCAAGACCAAAACAAGACAACACGGAUACCAAGAGAGGGCCAAAACAGAGGUGAAGUCAGCAGAUACCAAGGCUUGAUAUUGUGGCCCAGCAGAACCAUUUGUAUCCUUAUUGUGUCAUAUCCUUUGG